AUGGACCCGAAACAAAGCAACUCGGCAUCACAAGAAGAAGAAGAAAACUUGUUUGGAUCAUCCAACCCACAACAAGAUGAUGAUCUUUUCGGAGACUCAACUAGUGGUGAUUUUUCUUCAUUUUUGGGUAACAACUCAGGUCUGGAAAACCUUUCUCUGAACGAAAACAAGGCAUCAUCGGAUACUCAACACGAUGAUGGAAGGAAAUCGACUACUGCCGAUACCAUACAAAUCAUGAAGGAUAAUGAUGAACAAGUUCAAUCACUUGAAAGUAUCACUCCUAUUGUGGACAAUCAUAACAUUUGUUCAAACACAAGUGAUAGAACAACAUCGUUAGCAACUCACACAAACACUACCGAUGAUGAUGAUGAUAAUUUGUUCGGAACUUCAUCCGAUAAUGACCCUUUUAUGAAGGAAAUUUCAUUGAACGAAAAUACUUCAUUCCUCGAUGAUGAAACUAAAUCAUCAAACCAUGACAUACCUACUUUGCCAUCAGUCUUAUCACCUCCUUCUACCGCAACUCCACCAAUGAUGAACCAAUCUCAAAGGGAUGAUUCAAUGAUGGUAUCCAGUCCUUCUUCGGGAAUUCGUUCUCCACGUAUCGACACUACUUCCAACCAACAACAACAACAACAGCAAUACCAUCAUGAGAAAACACCUCCUCCCUUGUCCUCUCCUCCUCCUCCUCCACUUGCUACAACAUCAAACAGCACAACAUCAAAGCCUUCUGUAGCUAUGAAUAGAGGAGCCAAUCGUUACGUCAAUAGUUUUGGUGUUAGUAGUAAUACCAAGAGUCAUAAUACCAUUCAGUCGAAUGCUGUUUUCACUCCCCCUUCUCCCCAUCCGACAACAGCAACCACCACUCACACUUCAUCCAUGAAUAUCCACAAUAGUGGUGGAAUGAUGAUGAGUACUAGUAACAACAUGCUGCAACCAACGCCCUCCAAUAUGAUGACUAAUCAAGCAGGCUUUAGCUUAAAUAACGGAAUGCCCCCAACAUUGAACAAUGUAACUCCUGCUUCAUCAAUUCCUUCUCACCAUCAUCAACGAAUGAUCUCUUCCCCUCCACCAUCCAUGAUGAUGAUGAACACUUCUCAGCAUAAUUUAACAGGCAACACUAGUACGAGUGGAAUUCCUUCAUCAACAAAUUCACUGACAAAUCACAGUGGCCAUUUGCAACAAUUCGAAAAUCAAUCAAUCAAUUCCAUGCCAAUGAUGAAUUCUUCUUCUUCAUACAGCACUACGAAUGCUACUACUGGACAAACAAGAAACAUGAUGACACCUCCUCCUGUGAUGGGAACGACACCUUCUGCUUCAUCAUUUGUGAACAACUCUGUUCAAGACAAUAUGAAUAUUAACCAAUUCAAUAACAACAUCCCAUCAUCCAACAUGAUGAACCCACAAUUUCAAAGUGCUAUGUAUUCAUCAUCUUAUCAACAAGGAUGUAAUAGCGUUUCUCCAACUAAUUUAUUGACUAACCAAAGCGGAGCUGUAAUGGAGGGUAUUAGAAGCCCAACGGGAUAUCCUUCCAUGAAUAAUCAAUUUACAAAUUAUAAUAAUUAUACGAGUGGAAUGAAUGCAUUGCCAAAUCAACAACUUAACAUUCCUUCCUCACAAUACUCUAUGAAUACUUCUACAUUUAUUCCAUCCUAUGAUUCAUCUGCAGUGAAUAACAAUCUCAUGAACAUGAAUCAAUUCGGAAUGAUGAAUAACUCGCAAUAUCCAACCAUGUCCAUGAUGAUGGGUAUGAAUAAUCCACAAAUGAUGUAUCAUUCACAAAGACCCAUGUCUCCAAGCUAUCAACAAAAUUUAAUGCUAUCAAAGCAACAAUUACAACAAGAACAUGAAUUGCGUUUGAAAUAUUCAAGACCAGUUUUUACUUUUACGUUUGGAGGUAAAAUUAUUUCAUCAUUUCCAACAACUCAACAAAGAACGCCAGUACAAACUAGUGCCAAUACAUUUUUAGCUGGAGCUAGAUCACCAACAAAUUUCCAUGGUGGCGAUCAGCCAACAAGUCAAGAAUCGCAAGGUGUGCUUUAUCCAGGCAAUUUUAAAGUUCACAAAUUGAGUCAAGUGCUCAAAAUUGCAUGUCCAAUGGUUAAAUCUUUGGAAGAUUAUCCAAUCGCUAACAUCUCUCAACAGUUUGACAACGAUUCUAACAGUGCCAUUUUAGAUCAACUCAUCAAGUUUAUGAAUUUAAAGAUUUAUGAAAAACAACAAAUUUUAUUCCAGCAAGCAGAUGAUCAAGUUGUGGGAGAAAAGAUGCUUUGGGAACUAAUCAAAAUUGUUGCCAAGAAUGUAAAUGGAAACAUUGGAAUGGUUUCAAAUGAUAUUAAUGCUCUUUUGACCGUUCUUUGUUCAAGCUCAACAGCUCCAGUGGAUGACCUUGUUACCUCUAGCUCAACAUCAGGUGAUGUUCAACCAGAACAAGUGGUUGCAUUACAAAACAUGUUAAUUAAUGGACAGAUCAAACAAGCUUGCCAAUAUGCUCAAAGUAACAAAAUGUGGGCUCAUGCAAUUCUUUUGAGUAGUAUGGUAGACAAACAGACCUAUCAAUCUGUAGUUUCAAGUUUUGCAUUGAGCGCACUGAAUCCAGGAACACCGCUUCGUACUCUUUAUUGUACAUUCGCAGGAAAACCAUUGGAUGCAUUUGAGUCGAAUUCUAUUGUUAGCACUGAUCAAUAUGGAAAUCAAUACUCUUCACAAUCCUCUCAAGAUCAGCAACAACAAAUUGAAAAAUUGUGUUCUCAAUGGAUUCAAAACUUGUCCAUUCUAUUUAAUAAUAGACAAGGAAAGGUGUCUCAAGCAGCUAUUGAAAAAUUAGGAGAUGUUUUAUGGAAAGAUUGUUAUCAAGUACCACAAUCACAUUUUUGUUAUGUAUUGGGAGAUUUUGCUACAUUGAUUUCUGCUUUUGCCAUGUCACAACCACCAUCAUCCAUAACAUCUCCAGGUAGAUCCACACCUCAGAGUCAAGUGAAUCAACAAUUAAUUACUGGCAUGAUCGCCUCUUCUUCAAUUGUAAACAGAAGAGUUCUUCUUAUUGCAGGUGAUAAUAAGAGAGAUAUUAGACAUUACAUUUCUGAUGAGACUAUGCAAUUGACCGAAGUCUUUGAACUCUUAAAAUCGCUCAUGACAAGAAAUAUUUUAUCAAGUUUACAAAAUGAUUCACAACAACAAUUUCCUCCAGUUUCCUUGCUGAUGAAUUCUACUCUAUUAGCUUACAAAUUAAUUUAUGCUUAUUAUUUGGCUGAGUUUGGAUAUUUAGAUAAGGCCAAUGAAUGUUGUGAUUAUUUGAUCGAUAUUGUCAAAAAGACACAACAAACGAUUCGAUUUGGAAUUGCAUUCAAACUCCAUCUUCAGGAAUUGAAAUUGAGAAUUCAAGAAUCAUCCAAACUCACUGGUACUCCAAUUGCAUCAUCCUCAUUAGCCUCUUCGUCCUCAAAGAAACAAAGUGGCGGAGGUGUGACUGGAUGGUUCAUUAGAGGACUCGAAAGUAUUAUCCAUGGAACAGACUCUGAAGAAUCAUCUCCCAGUAGUACCAACAACAACAACACUCAGGCUGCCUCCACUCACUUUUCACCACCUCUUGGUCAUUCCACAUCCAUGCCAAACAUUGCUGGAAACAGUGGUUUAGGCAUACCCUCAACUUCAGCAUUGAUGCAACAACAACAUGUGUCAUCUCUCUCAUUGAAUCAAAAUAACAUGCUGCUCUCAACACGACCAGCCAGCUAUACUCCUCCACCAACACAAACACCACCUCCACCCCUUUCAUCAUCAUCCUUACAACAAACCUCACAAACACCACCUCCACCCCUUUCAUCAUCUUCUCAGGACAAUAAUGGGUCCUCCUCAAGUGGUGGUGGUGGAGUUUCAUCUUGGUGGAAAGGUUGGUUUGGAGGAUCCUCUUCAAAAUCUUCAUCUUCCAAAAAAGAAGCCAACAUUGGCAAAAAGAAUGAAUUCUAUUAUGAUGAAAGUAAAAAGAGAUGGGUCAGAAGAGGACAAGAGAAUGAAGUGGUUGAACAAAAUACUGCACCACCACCAACCCUUGAAGCCAUUCCUUCAAAUAACUUGCAAUCAGCUGCUUCUCAAUUGCGUGGUGGAGCUUCUCGUUAUGUGAAUAUGUUUAGUGGAGGUGCUGGUGCUGGCGUAACCACCACCACCACUGCAAUGACCUCUUCGACCUAUGGUGGUGUGUCUUCUUCCACUCCACCACCAUCCACGAUGAUGAUGAUGAAUAAUCGUUCUUCAAUGAACACUUCCACUCCACCACCAAUGACUUCCUAUUUCAUGCCAAGUCCACAAGCUUCAACUGGAGGUUCCUAUGAAAUUCCAGACUUGAAUCAAUCGAUGACACCACCUCCUCCAACCAAUCAUGCAAUGCCACCUCCUCCAAGUGGUGGUAGUAGUGGUGGAAUGAUGAUGAGUACUAGUAACAACAUGCUGCAGCCAACGCCCUCCAAUAUGAUGACUUAUCAAGCAGGCUUUAGCUUAAAUAACGGAAUGCCACCACCAACCAGUAACAUGUAUUGA